UCCAGCAAAGCCCCGCCUCUACUUUUCCAUGCAUUGGCGCGCUCGGUGGCCGUGGCUCUUUGGCUCCGCUCCUACCCGGGUAGCUGAACUCUCCAUAGCGGGCUGCGAGCCUAGACAUAGCAGGUAUGAGUGGUGCGGGUGACGGUCGGGCCGUCCCGGCUGUCGGACCCGUCCAGCAGGGAUUGAAGGAGGCUCUGAUUGAGACGCUCACGGCCAUCCUGUCUCCGGUGCAAGAAGUGCGCGCCGCCGCUGAGGAGCAGAUCAAAGUGCUGGAGGUGACAGAAGAGUUUGGUGUCCAUCUGGCAGAACUUACAGUUGACCCUCAGGGAGCGCUUGCCAUCCGUCAAUUAGCAUCUGUCAUCCUGAAGCAGUAUGUGGAGACUCACUGGUGCGCCCAUUCAGAGAAGUUCAGGCCUCCUGAAACCACAGAUCAGGCUAAAGCCGCCAUCAGGGAGCUGCUGCCCAGCGGCCUGCGCGAGUCCAUCAGCAAGGUCCGCUCCAGUGUCGCCUACGCUGUGUCAGCCAUCGCCCACUGGGACUGGCCUGAGGCGUGGCCACAGCUCUUCACCCUGCUGAUGGAGAUGCUGGUCAGCGGAGAAGUGAACGCAGUUCAUGGAGCCAUGAGGGUCCUCACAGAGUUCACUCGCGAGGUGACAGACACUCAGAUGCCUCUGGUGGCUCCAGUCAUCCUACCUGAGAUGUACAAGAUCUUUACCAUGGCUGAGGUUUACAGCAUCCGUACCCGUUCCAGAGCAGUGGAGAUCUUCACCACAUGUGCAAACCUCAUCUGUGCUAUUGAAGAGCUUGAAAAGGGUGCUGCUAAAGCGUUGAUCUUCCCGGUGGUGCAGCAGUUUACAGAAGCGUUUGUGCAGGCUCUGCAGAUGCCUGAUGGACCCUCGUCUGACAGCGGUCUCAAGAUGGAAGUCCUGAAGGCAGUAACGGCUUUAGUGAAGAACUUCCCCAAACCGAUGGUUUCGUCUAUGCAGCAAAUAUUACCCAUCGUCUGGAAUACACUGACUGAAAGUGCAGCUUUUUAUGUAAGAACUGAAGUCAACUACACUGAGGAAGUGGACGACCCUGUUGACUCAGACGGAGAAGUUUUGGGCUUUGAGAAUCUGGUGUUCAGCAUCUUUGAGUUUGUCCACACGCUUCUGGAGAACAACAAGUUCAAGAGCACAGUGCGGAAAGCUCUGCCAGAGCUCAUCUACUACAUCAUCCUGUACAUGCAGAUCACAGAGGACCAGGUCAAAGUUUGGACGGCAAACCCUCAGCAGUUUGUAGAGGAUGAGGAUGAUGACACUUUCUCCUACUCUGUCCGGAUCUCUGCUCAGGACCUACUGCUGGCUGUAGCUGCAGAGUUCCAGAAUGAAAGUGCAGCAGCGCUGGCAGCAGCUGCAACCAGACACCUCCAGGAGGCAGAACAAGCUAAAAACGGUGGCAGUGAGCACUGGUGGAAGAUUCAUGAGGCCUGCAUGUUGGCCCUCGGUUCAGUCAAGACCAUCAUUACUGAGAACGUGAAGAACGGUCGGAUUCAGUUUGACAUGCACGGUUUUCUGGCCGGCGUCAUCCUGGCUGAUCUUAAUCUCACCGCUGCAUCCCCGUUCCUUCUGGGCCGCGCUCUGUGGGCGGCCAGUCGUUUCACUGCAGCCAUGUCUCCUGAACUCAUCCAGCAGUUUCUCCAGGCCACAGUCAGCGGUCUCCAUGACAGCCAGCCUCCAUCCGUCCGCAUCUCGGCGGUCCGGGCCAUCUGGGGUUACUGUGACCAGUUGAAGCUGUCGGAGAGCACACACAUCCUUCAGCCUUUCCUCCCCAGCAUACUGGAAGGACUGGUUCAGCUCGCUGCCCAAUUCAGCUCAGAGGUGCUCACACUCGUCAUGGAGACGCUAUGCAUCGUCUGCACCGUGGACCCGGCCUUCACCACCAGCGCCGAGAACAAAAUCUGCCCGCUCACAAUCGCCAUUUUCCUCAAAUAUAACAAUGACCCCGUGGUAGCCUCCCUGGCUCAGGACAUCUUUAAGGAGCUGGCUCAAAUCGAAGGCUGUCAGGGCCCCAUGCAGAUGCGACUCAUUCCCACACUAAUCAGCAUCAUGCAGGCUCCACCUGAUAAGAUCCCCUCUGGACUCUGUGCUACAUCAAUAGACAUUCUGGCCACAGUGGUCCGAAACACAAAGCCCCCUCUAUCAGAGCUGUUGGUGUGUCAGGCCUUUCCUGUGGUAGCUCAGUGUACCUUACGAACUGAUGACCACACAAUAAUGCAGAACGGAGGCGAGUGCCUGCGAGCGUAUGUCUCUGUCGCCCUGGAGCAGAUUGCCCAGUGGAGGGACGAGCAGGGCAACAGCGGCCUGUGGUACGUCAUGCAGGUGGUCAACCAGCUGCUGGACCCCCGGACCUCUGAGUCCACGGCGGUCUUCGUGGGACGGCUGGUAUCCACUCUGAUCUCUCGGGCUGGAACGGAGCUCGGGGACCAGCUGGAUCACAUCCUCAGAGCCAUUCUGAGCAAAAUGCAGCAAGCCGAGGCUCUGAGCGUCAUGCAGUCUCUCAUCAUGGUGUUUGCCCACCUGGUCCACUCCCAGCUGGACCCUCUGCUGGAGUUUCUGUGCAGUCUGCCAGGACCGACGGGAAAACCUGCCUUGGAAUUCGUUAUGACGGAGUGGAUGAGCAGGCAGCAUCUUUUCUACGGACAGUAUGAGGGUAAAGUCAGCACUGUGGCGCUGUGCAAACUUCUGCAGCAUGGCAUAAACGCUGACGACAAGCGACUUCAGGACAUCAUGGUUAAGGGAGAAGAAAUCUACAACCCUGAAGAUGGCAUUCGCACUCGCUCCAAAUCUGCCAAAAACCCAGAACGCUGGACGAACAUUCCUUUACUUGUGAAAAUCUUUAAACUGAUCAUCAACGAGUUAUCGACGGUGGUGGAAGCGAACGCCAGCAGGGCGAACGCUGUUGACUGGAGUCAAGAUUCCAGCGGCAUGUGGGACGACCAGGAGGACGGGGAGGGAGAGGAUGAUGAGGAGGAUGAAGGAUUAGCAGGGCAACUGCUUUCUGAUCUCAUUUCAUCUAAUAAAUAUGAUGACGAUUAUUAUGAGGAUGAUGAGGAAGAUGAUCCAGACGCAUUGAAAGACCCCAUUUAUCAGAUCGAUCUGCAGGCUUACCUGACGGACUUUCUGACACAGUUUGCUCAGCAGCCAUGCUACAGCAUGUUCUCGAACCACCUCAACAACGCUGAGAGACAAACCCUGCAGUCUAUAGGCCUGUAGACGUGCUGUUUGAUACUCCAACUCAUCUUCCAUCACCACCCUGAAAUGUCCCUCUAUCGCCCUGUGACAUCACUCAUGAUGAAUUUAAGACCAAGUGAAAGGACAGAAGGACAAAGCUUGAUAGAGGCAGGAGGGGCACAACUUGGAAAAGAACUUGUGCAUUUAACUUUGACUUCCUUUUUUUACUUCAUGUGAAUGAUGAGAUGAAGGACCUUGCCGACGCUAAGAGGUUGGACAAGUCUCAUCGUAAAAGGUCAAACAUACUCUUGAAGAUCUUCAGUCUGGACAAGAAAAGGGACAGAAGGACUAAUGAAUCUCAAUAUCUGGGCCGACUGUUUGUAAUUUAAUCUAUCGUAUUUGUGUUUCUAUCAGCAGUGGAAAUGCAACGUGGUAAUUUCUUCCGAAAGACUUUACACUGGCCGAAGGAAAACUAACAUUUUAGUGGGGGAGUCUCUGGUGGCCUUAUAUUCCAGAAAAACAGUGACUGUUUGACAGGAAAUGCAAAGCUCUUAAACCAGCUGUCAUAUCUCGGGGUUUGGUGGGAAUUGGGGAAUUCACACUGUUGCCAUUUUGAAUCAAUGCCUUGUCAUUUCAUUGUAUCUAUUGAAGUUUAGAAUAAAAAUAUUUCUAAA